AAUGUAUAUAAAUGUCGGUGGGAAAUACAGGUUUUUAUUACAGUCUUGGGGUUUUCCCGCCAAGUUGCUCGCUGUCGCGGAAAAUAUUUAUUUUUAAUUCAAAAUGGCGAUUGGAUUAAAGUUGUUUUUUCUGAUUAAUGUCGUAGUUGGGCUAACCUUAGCAAGUCCUCUGCACGGAGGACCGGAAGGAGACGACCGGAAAUUUGGUAUUUCCGUUCAUUGGAGGAAUGCCCCGGCCAACAGCUCAGACGCAGCUGAGGACAAGAAACACCACAUCACGCUGUCCUGGAGAGAAGGCGAAGCUGUGAACCCGGAUGGCACCAGAAAACAACACGUCAACGUAUUAUUCAAGGGAGCUGAAGCCACACCCCAGGGUCCUGAGGGCAGGAAGCACGGCAUUCAUGUCACAUGGAAGGGAGCUCACGUGGAGCCCCGCGAGGAAGGCAGCUCGGACAGGAAGGGACACCACAUCGGCAUCUCGUGGAAGAGCCUGGCCACGGAGCAGGGCAGCGACAGCGAGCAGGGCUCCGACAGGAAACAUCACGUCACGUUCACGUGGCGCGCUGCCCCUGGAGCUGACUACAGCAACGAGGUGGGCCCUGACGGACGCAUCCACUAUGUAUUCACGUUAAGAAACGCUAACAGCUCCGACUCUUCAACCGACAAGAGGUUCCCGUGGUCGUUCUUCGGCAGCAUGCUCGGCUCAGCUUUCUCGAGGGACGCCCCUGCUGAUGCCAGGAAGCACCACAUCACGUUCUCAUGGAGGGAGGGAGGAAGCCUAGCCGACCCGGUGGUGUCCACAGACGCCGGCAGCGUGGUCGCCCCCGAACCUCAGGCCCAGAGCACCCAGGAGGAGCAGGCGUCCCAGACUGACGCUGCUUCGUCCACGUAA